CGCCUCCGAAGGAGAGAGGGAAAAACUUUUUCCCCUUUGUUUUCUUUAAGUACCGUUUACUUCAGCAGAGGGAAAGGAAGAGGGGAGGUGUGUGUGUGAGGGAGGAUCGUUAAGAUUUUCCAGAGAGAGAUGUGGAAGGUUUUUUUUGGUGUGGAGUCACAAACGGGAACUUCAACGGUUAAUUUAGUUAGAAAGUUCUGUGACUCGGGCAUCAGCGGAGAAUGGAAACUAGCUAACCCUACUCACAUCUGUGGUCAGAGCUAGCUUGUUUCACGUUUCUAAAUAUUUGCGUGAGUCAGGGGUAGGGGAAAAACGAUGCUGUUGUCGUCUGUUUUGUUCAGCCUGUGAGUUAGAAAAGAGCCCAGGGAAAAGUUGGGAGAAAACCGGUUUUCCCUGGUACCCUACCACCGCUUUUGUGUUUGUGAAUGGUGGGGUGUUUUUCCUGUUUGACAGGGCCGAUUGGCAAGGAGAAGUAACGUUACAACUGCCGAAAAAACGGGCUUAUUGAUCUGCUCAGAUGGACCUAAGAUAACACCACCAGAUAUCCUACCCUCGUCUCGAACUUCAGCCUCCCACAAUCUCCCAGAAUGGCAGAUCCCACUGGGCUGAGCUCUGAAGGAGCAGGGGCAGGCGUGGUUGACGUCGACACCUGCAGUUUGGAGAUAGAAAGGAAGUAUGACAUCAUCCCUGCCGUCAUCUGCUCCAUGUGUUGCCUGUUUGGCAUCAUCUACUGCUUCUUUGGUUACCGCUGUUUCAAGGCUGUCAUGUUUCUGUCUGGUCUGAUGUUUGGCUCUGUCAUCAUCUUCUUGCUGUGCCACAAGGAGCAUGUGCUGGACACUCAGCUGAGCGUGGAGGCCAGUGCGGGUAUCGGUCUCGGUAUCGGCCUGCUGUGCGGUCUGGUCACUAUGCUGGUGCGAAGCGUCGGGCUCUUCAUGACCGGCCUGCUACUGGGCCUCCUCCUGGCCCUCGCGGCCCUGCUGGUCACUCACCAAUUCUACACUCCAACCACAGUCUGGGUCCCACUGGGUGCACUUUUGGGAACAGGCAUGCUGUUCGCCGUGUUGACACUGCAGUGGCAGAAGCUCUUCACCAUGCUGUCCACGGCUGUGUUUGGGGCAGCUAUCAUGACGGUGUGUGCUGAUUAUUUUGUGGAGAUGCUGGUUUUGGCCACACAUGUGUAUGAAUGCUUGCGCCUCACUCCUGGGCCACCUCUCUGCUGGUACAGCUGGGUCAUUCUGGGCAUCUGGCCUGCUCUCAGCCUCAUAGGAGUACUGGUCCAGUGGAAACUGACGGAUGACAGCUUCUCACACACCGAGGUCGUCAUCAGUCGGAGGCAGAAGAGAGUCCAGCUGAUGCGGAUUCGAGAGAAGGAAGCCAAGAAGCGACAGCAGGCAGGUGGGCAGGAAGGCACAUACCGCCGUAAACCCACCCCAGUGAAACGUUACGCCGGGGACCUACUGGCACCGAGCUACCUGCAAAGUCUGCGGGACAGACAGAUGGGAACUGGCACUUCCCUUAGCAGCUUGGGCACUGCCAAUCACACCAUGAUCGACUUGGAUUAUGACACCGGAUCCACCGCACCCCUCACAGCUACCACCCCAGUUGUCAGGGUCUGAGCAACAAAGAGAUGAGGAAGGGACUGCUUAGUGCUCUCUGGUUCUCCAGCUCUGUCUUCCUAAUGUAGAGUAGAACCAAUAAACUGCUCCCCUCAGCUGUGGGUUUAGCCUGCCCUUGAUUUGGAACGAGGCUGGAUUACUUUCUAUUGGUGUGCCAGCCCUGGGUGUUCAGUGAAAGAGAAUGCUGCUUUUUGGGGAGAAAUAAGAGGUAUCACGUUGUAACCUCUGCAACCACUGUAUUUCUCAGAGCAACACUUAAAAUCUGAUACUAACCAAGUAAGGUCCUUCAUUUCCUCUCAUUGUGUAUUAAAUACAUAAACAACAUGUACGAGCCUUAAGAAAACUGAUAUAUUUCUGUUUUGCUAGUGAACAUGACAAAGCAAUCUGUUUGACAUUACAUGUACUGUACUUAAGUUAGUCAUUGCCAUGAAGUGUUGUGUUUUUAUCUGUCUUACUGUUUUAACUGUGUGAUUGUAGGAUUUAUGAAAGUUUAUUAUUAUAAUGAUUUUCGUUUUGUGUAUUUUUUUAGAUGGUGUGUGGAGAGAGUAAGAUGUGACUUGUAGGUGGAUACAGCGAGUAUUACAAAGUGAAGCAAAAACUAAAAGAUGCAAAUAAAGUACAGUUUGUUUUAAAAGCUCUUUGCAUGAGCCUGAAGCAGGAUCUUUUACAGCAGCACUCUUUAAUUCUGUGACCUUUUUAAUGUUUUUAAUGUAGCUCAUUAAUUUAUAUAAAGCCUGUGUACAUGGUAAUGUUUCAUAAAAAAAAGACAAAAAACAAAGCAUGUCUGUUGUUAAUUUGUAGAUUUUUAAGUGAUUAGCAGUCUUUAGUUGAGGGGACAAUGUACUUGUUUCCUGAAUUUGUACAUACUUGUUUAUAGAAAUGUCAAUGAUACAUAAAUGUGUUUGAUACAAAAA